UGGAAAUUUGUUGAGGGGUGCAGAGGAGAUAAUCAAUGAAGACACACAUGACUCCUGUGCGUGUGGGCAAGGUCAGAGUCUAGCCUGGAUGAGAUUAUGUCCAUGUGGGAACAACAAGGACGGACUUUUACGCUUCCUCUCUGGGGACGACGAGGUCGCCUGGGGAUGUCCCCUGAAAACCAAGAGUUUCAAUCUGUGUGUUGGAUUGCAGUGGCAGCGAAAACCCCAUCCAUCUGCAUGAUCAUGGUUGAGCUUUAUUUUUGACAAUCUCCAAGCUGCGUGGCUUCUUUCUUUUCGCCCUCAGCCUGGAGUUAAAGUUUCUUCUCUCUGCUCGACGGCUGGAUGAUUUAUUCGGCCAUUGAUUCGUUUAAUUGCGCACAGUUGAAGCCAGUUGAGGUGAUUUUACAAGCUGCUGGUUAAAAGGGGCCAGCGGUUGAAUUCCAUCAGAGCAGCAGCAACAACAACAACAGCGGCGGCGGCCAGCUGUGCUUUCUGGACGGUCACAUCUGUCGUCGUUGUCGUCGCUGUCCAUGGUGCUGAACUCGUGCUCCAGGAAUGGUGGAGACGCUGAGUAUCGCAGUCAUCGGUGCUCCCGGAGUGGGGAAAACUUCUAUAAUCCGCCAGUUCAUCUAUAACGAUUUCUCGGAGGUGUACACGCCGACCAGGACCAGAUAUGUGUACAGACCCUCCGUCAUACUCAAUGGGAACAUGUAUGAGCUGAAGAUUUUGGACGUCCCGCCAAUCUCCUCUUUUCCAUCAAGCUCCAGCCAGGAGUGGUUGGAUCUGCGCUGCAGAGGUGUUCGCAAUGCCAACGCCUAUAUCCUGGUGUAUGACAUCUGCUGCGUGGAGAGCUUUGAAUACGUCAAAAUGAUCAGACAGCAGAUAGUGGAGCACAGGGAAGGCAGCAGCAGUGAGGUGCCAAUCCUGGUGGUGGGCAACAAGAGAGAUCUGCAGCGGCAGCGCUUCAUGCCUCGCAGGGCAGUGUCAGUCCUGGUGAAGAAGACGUGGAAGUGCGGUUAUGUGGAGUGCUCUGCCAAGUUUAACUGGCAUGUAGUCCUGCUCUUCAAAGAGCUGCUGGGCAUCGCUGUGGCGCGGGGCAUGCGCCAGAACCACACCUCCAUCCGUCUGCAGGGGGCGCUACAGAGGAAUCGCUGCACCAUCAUGUGACCCUGAGAGCUCCCUCCACCCCUCUCACCUCAGACGUGGAGCGGCAGUGGAGAAAAGGACUUGUUAUCUAAAUGGCUGGAAAAAAUACCCUGUGGCCUCCUGCUUUACUGAGCUGAUUUUUCAAAAUGAGGUUUA